UGGUUUUAGAUUUCAGAAAUCAAGAAAUUAUGAUGCAGUCAAUAUUUAAUUCUCUUCUAAAGGUAUUCUGAUGGAAUCUACCUGUUUCUGACGAAGCGAUGAAAGCAGGGAAGAUUUUAUUCUGCUCCAUGCUUUACAUUCACUUCUCCUCUGCCUUUGUUGACAAACUUCUACAAAGGUCCUCUGGGCUUGUGGAUAGAUUACUACAAAUUAAAACUUGUGGACAUCCGAGAAUAUCGAAUUUGAUGGAAAAUAUAACCGUUAAACCAGGAGACAAGGCAAUUUUCAACUGCAAGGUUGACAUGUCGUGUAUGGUUUCAACUAUAAACUGGUAUCAUGAGAUGGAAAAUGGCACUGAGGUUCUUAUCAAGACAGCAUCGGAUAAGGGGGAGCCAAAUGUACACAUCAUUAGAAGAGUCAGUUCGUCUGAUACUGGAUUGUAUACAUGUGUGGCAAAGAACGUUCUUGGACGAACCCAUGCAGCUGCCUACCUAGCAGUCAACUCUGCUCCUUUCAAGCACAGACCUGAUUACAAUUGGAUAGGUACUGCUCUUCUUUUCUCUUCAAUAAUUGCUAGAUAACAUUGUUUUAAAUUUUACUUGAUUUGUUAAAGGGGCUGUCAACGUAAUUAAAAAAUAAGGCUUUACAGAAAGACAAGAUUUCACAAUGUACCUCUUAUUUAACUUUCCUAAUAAAAAACAUGAUUUUAAAACCAUCAUUGCUCAGGCAAAGGUUUAAAGGUUGACAAUCCUUUUGCGUCAUAAAAACAAACACAACAGAAUUAAUCAAUUAAACCUCUAAUUGGAAAAAUUAAUCUUUAACAGUAAACACUGAUUUUUUGGCAAACUGUUUCCCAUUUUAUGAAAUGUCAGCAUUAAAAUAAAAGCUGUGAAAAUAUUGGAUAUUUUACGAGUUUUGUUACUUCUCUAAAUUUUAGAUUAAAACCCCCAACGUUCUUAAAUGUAGCUAAAUUUUGAAAAGAUUUAAUCAAUACUAUGUAUUAAUGAAAAAGAAGUCAUACGGUUACACUAAAAAAUAAUUUUUUCGCUUUACACGAAUAAAAUUUUUUAAAUAAUUUCAUAUCUGAUCAGAUCGAGGCGCAAGUUCGCAACCUUGUCAUUUAUUAAGAAUAACGAGUUUUAUUUUGUGAAUUAAAAUAACAAAUUCAAUAAUGCACGACAUAGAAUAUGCAUUCUUUAAGAAUAAGUUAAUUAUCUGUGAAUUUAACUAUUUUUAAAAAUGAUUUUUUAAAUCAUUACCCUUUCCCCCUUUUUAGUCAUAUAAAUUUCCGGUCUUGAAAUUUCUUGGGUAGGCGCCCGGCGCCCCCUACUCCCUAGAGGAGCCAGUGGAGGAUGGCUUGCCUCAUGCACCCCCUGUUGCGCAUCUGACUGGGAUAUUUAAUAAGUGACUCCUUGCUGAUGUUAAAUUGUUAAAGAACACAUUUCAAUGUUGUUAUUAAACCUGUGUAAAUGUGUGGCAUACACCUGUGUACGGCUACUACCUGUGUACGGCUACUUAAUAAAUGUUAAAAUAUUGCA